AAAUAUCAGGUGACAAUGCUGUGGAAAAAGUUGUGCAGCGUCUGUGGCAUAGCCAGACACUUAUAAGAAAAUGACCACCAGCAGCAAGGUGGUUUCGAAGUACAUCGAGGUCGAAGACGAUGAAACUUUGGCGCUUGGUUUUUAUGAUGACGACGAUGACUUCAAUACGUUCACUGACGGGGAUCUGGACUGUAGCUGCGAAGACGGAGGGGGCUUCAGUGAUCCUCUGAGUGGGGAGGUCAAGCCCAGAAUCCUCCUGAUGGGUCUGAGGCGCAGCGGGAAGUCCUCCAUCCAAAAAGUGGUAUUCCACAAAAUGUCGCCCAACGAGACCCUCUUCCUAGAAAGCACCAAUAAGAUCUGCAGGGAAGAUGUCUCCAACAGUUCCUUCGUCAGCUUCCAGAUCUGGGACUUCCCCGGGCAGAUAGACUUCUUCGACCCUACCUUUGACUACGAGAUGAUCUUCAGAGGAACAGGGGCCCUAAUCUUUGUCAUCGACUCACAGGACGACUAUGUGGAGGCGCUGAGUCGUCUCCACCUCACUGUGACCCGGGCCUACAAGGUCAACCCGGACAUCAACUUUGAGGUGUUCAUCCACAAGGUGGACGGCCUGUCGGACGAUGCCAAGAUUGAGAAGCAGAGGGACAUCCACAAACGGGCUAAUGACGACCUGGCUGAUGCUGGCUUAGAGAGGAUACAUCUAAGCUUCUACCUGACCAGCAUUUAUGACCACUCCAUAUUUGAGGCCUUCAGCAAAGUGGUUCAGAAGCUCAUCCCACAGCUGCCCACUCUCGAAAACCUGCUCAAUAUCUUCAUAUCUAACUCAGGUAUAGAGAAGGCCUUCCUGUUUGACGUGGUCAGUAAGAUCUACGUCGCCACAGACAGCAGCCCGGUGGACAUGCAGACCUACGAGCUGUGCUGCGACAUGAUCGACGUGGUCAUCGACAUCUCCUGCAUCUACGGGCUGACGGAGGAAGAGGCUGGACAGCCCUACGAUAAGGAGUCCAUGGCCAUCAUUCACCUGAACAACACCACCGUCAUGUACCUGAAGGAGGUCACCAAGUUCCUGGCUAUGGUCUGCUUCCUCCGAGAAGAGAACUUUGAGAGGAAAGGACUAAUUGACUACAACUUCCACUGUUUCAAGAAUGCUAUUCAGGAAGUGUUCGAUGUACGAGUUAAGGUGCAGAAAAACAGAAAGCUCCUUAGCCAGAGGAGGCGGAGCAAACAGGCCUUGACAACCAAUGGAGUUCUCAGCAACCCCCACUGAACACCGCAUCAUUGGUGAUAUGACAUGCCAAUCAGCCAUCUUUAAAUAACAUGAAAGAUUUCAAGGUAGUUUGUGAAGCUUUGUUAUGGCCCCACACACUCAGAUUGUACAACUACUGUUUCAACCCAUUUGGCCAUACCACAGGAUCUGCUCAGAGUUGUGGAGAUGCCAUUUAGUGUUUUGUUUAGGAUUACUAUAUCUUUGGGGCCAUACUUGCGAACAUUAGAAAAAGUUUGAGCAUGAGCAAAUUAAAAUGCUAGUCGUAGUAUUAUGUGACAGAAUACUACAUUACUAGCUGGUCUUGUCAGAUAGCCUGGCAUAUGUUAGCGCUAUGUUAACAUCACCUGAGGGCAUGUGAAUAUUUCUUGGAACACAAUUAACCUUUCUUCUAAAAAACUGAAUAAUUUCAUAAAAUAAGUAUAAAAAAAAAGAUAAUCACAAAUGUGGCCCUUCUGAGUUUGUACCAGACCUACUUCGGGGUCCAGAGGGUAACUCGAGGACUUCGUAACUGUUCAAAAGUCCCUUGUGGCUUGAUAGGAACAACCAGUACUUUUACUAAUCAGUUAAUACCUCACACAUAUUCUAAAUUGCCACGUGUUAAAGUUGACCUGUAUGUUUAGAGUGAGCCCAGGGUAAGGGAAAGCUUUAUUGGUUUUAUACAAGGGUCCAUAAUGUAAUUUAAUAUUGCCAUUUAUAAUACAGCAGGUCAAAGUGGAUAUGGAUAGUGCAUUUGGAGUAGGAUGGACACUGAAUGAUGCCUCACACGACUAGAUGUACCCUGAAUGAUGCCUUAUUCAAGUAGUGUGUGAGCAUAGUUUACUGGUCAAAUGUAGUUCACUAUAUGGGGAACGUGAGAUGCAGUCCACCUGAGAAACAGAUUGUAAGAAUAGUUGCUCCUGAAGGCAACAGACUGUAUUCAAAUACUAAUUGAAAUUAUAUAUAUAUAUAUCUUGCCUGUUGCAAUGGAACACAUAAAAUCCCAUUAGGUGCAGACCAUGCCCACCUGUAACUCCAAACAGAUUGAAGCAAACUCAAAGUAUUGGAAAGAUGUCAAAUAUUAGUGGAUCCCAGGUCUGACAGAUGCAUUCUGAUCCAGGCUCAAAAUGUCACCUAUCUGAUAGUCAAUAACUUUUUUGUGACGUUUUUUUUAAUGUGCUUGAUUAAGUUAUAAAUGUAUAAUAUAUAAGGAGUAUCAAAAACAGCAUCAAGUAUUGUUAGGUACACUAUGUACCAGUCCGCAUAGGAGCAAAAAAUACCAUUAUGUACUUUUAUUAUUUUUUUAUAGUGUUUUGGUUUUGUACAUGUCUUUCAAAAAGCACUUUGUGGUCAAUGCAACGGUAUCUGUUGCAGCCUUCUUUUUGUUUUUAAGGAACAUCAAAGUUUUUAUCAUAAUUACAUUUGUUAUCUCAAAAGUGUUCAAUUAUAGCAUAAAUACUAUUAUUUUUGUAAUGCUAAAAAAAAUGUAAUGGCUUCGUUUGAAUUUGGAAGCAGUUCCCUUUUGGAUGGUCCCUCUGUACAUGGCCACAUACUCCGCCAAACGUUGUACCUUGCCCCCCCUCAGAGAACCAAGGUUAGAUUGUCCCCGCCCUCAGAGAACCAAGGUUAGAUUGUCCCCUCCCCCCUCAGAGAACCAAGGUUAGGUUGUCCCCUCCCCCCUCAGAGAACCAAGGUUAGGUUGUCCC